AUGGCGCUCUCUCAACGGCUGGGGCAGGCAUCAACCACGGGCCGUGCUCCGCUUCAGAUUGGACAGAGGCCGUCAACCUACUCCCAAUCCGACCAGUCCUCCCAGCUGACUGCCGGCUUCCUUGCCUCCCACGGCUCUGGCUGUCAAAUAAGAAACCCAGUCAUGUCCGAAAAGUCAAAACACGUCGAGUCCAUGCAAGCAGGAAGGCAGAGAGGCGCCCCGCAAUUAGUCGGGCCUCCACAGUACAUAUAG